GUGUCGCCGGGAGCCGCCAGGCCUGGCGGAAGUGGGUUUCGGGCCUGGCGCCGCCCGGAGCCCUGGGAGACGGCCUCAGGCUUUCCUGCCUGGCUGGCCUGGCGCCCGGGCGAGGCCGCCGGCACACAGCUGGGGCGGUGCCGGAGCGUGAAGGAGUUUGAGAAGCUGAACCGCAUCGGCGAGGGCACCUACGGCAUCGUGUAUCGGGCCCGGGACACCCAGACAGAUGAGAUUGUUGCUCUGAAGAAGGUGCGGAUGGACAAGGAGAAAGAUGGCAUCCCCAUCAGCAGUCUGCGGGAGAUCACACUGCUCCUGCGCCUUCGCCAUCCUAAUGUCGUGGAACUGAAGGAGGUGGUUGUGGGAAACCACUUGGAGAGCAUCUUCCUGGUGAUGGGUUACUGUGAGCAGGAUCUCGCCAGCCUUCUGGAGAAUAUGCCAACACCGUUUUCUGAGUCCCAGGUCAAGUGUAUUGUGCUACAGGUGCUCAAGGGCCUCCAGUACCUGCACAGGAACUUCAUCAUCCACAGGGACCUGAAGGUCUCCAACCUGCUCAUGACAGACAAGGGCUGUGUGAAGACAGCUGAUUUCGGCCUAGCCCGCGCAUAUGGUGUUCCAGUAAAGCCAAUGACCCCCAAGGUGGUUACCCUCUGGUACCGAGCCCCCGAGCUGCUGCUAGGAACCACCACCCAGACCACCAGCAUCGAUAUGUGGGCUGUGGGCUGCAUCCUAGCUGAGCUGCUGGCCCAUAAGCCUCUCCUCCCUGGCACUUCUGAGAUCCACCAGAUUGACCUGAUUGUACAGCUGCUGGGGACACCCAGUGAGAACAUCUGGCCGGGUUUUUCCAAGCUCCCACUGGCAAACCAGUACAGCCUGCGAAAGCAGCCUUACAACAACCUCAAGCACAAGUUCCCAUGGCUGUCAGAGGCUGGACUGCGCCUGCUCAACUUCCUGUUCAUGUAUGACCCCAAGAAAAGGGCAACAGCAGCAGACUGCUUGGAGAGCUCCUACUUCAAGGAGAAGCCUCUACCCUGUGAGCCAGAACUCAUGCCCACCUUCCCACACCACCGCAAUAAGCGGGCUGCUCCUGCCACAGCUGAGGGCCAGAGUAGGCGAGGCAAACCCUGAGACUGGACGACAUGCCCUCCCCAGACCAUGCGUCAGCAGUGGACAGGCAGCUCCCCUCUGAGCCAGGCUGACCGGGACUGCAGGCCCAUGCACAAGGAGGGGCCAUCUGGCAAGAGCAGGGCAGAAACUGUGCUGGUCCAAUGGAGUGGAGUCUUGGAAACGAAGCUGGGCACAGGCCUUCGAAGCAAGCCUCAGAUCAUCACACCACUCACACCGGAUCUCACAGGCCACCCAGGGGCAUAGGUGAUGGUAACUCCUAGGGUGCCCCUGGUGAGGAGGAGGGACCAGGCCUGGCGGGCCUCCAUAGGCCCUAGAAUAGCCCUGCUGCCCAGGAGAGGCAGCAGGCUCCCACCCCAGGGGAAGAAAUAAAAGCAUCUCUGACAAGGUC